AUGCAGAAACACAAGGUGGGUGAUAAGGUGCUUACUACCACUGAUACUGAGAAAGCUGAAUAUCAACCAGUGUAUGCAUUUGGUCAUCGAAGCCCAACUACUUUGGGGCGAUUCCUUCAAAUCACCACUGAUACCAAUAGUCUCGAAAUUACUGGCGAACAUUUGCUCUACAUGGCCGACAAGAGUCACCCUGUCCGUGCUGAUUCCAUCAUUGUUAGCGUCAAGCUUCAGACUGCUGAUGGUUCUGCCAACCGGGUCAAGAAAAUCAAGACAAUCGUGAAGGAGGGGCUCUAUGCACCAUUAACUCCCAAUGGAAAGCUUGUCAUCAACGGCAUGCAGGCUUCGGCCUACAUUGCUCUUCAAAAGGAUGACCAGGAGCGGUUCACCACCCUCAAUGGUCUCAUCACUACUCCCCACUCAUCUUACAAUCAUUUGUAUCUCGCCCCUCUCCGUGUUGUCUGCAUUGGGAUCUCUUCCGUGCCCUGCCAACUAAUGCAUGAGAACGGAAGGCCUCUCUACAUCAAGUGGGGAAUUGAUGCUAUCAAUAUGGCCCACAGAAACUCCAAUGUCUACGCAGAACUCCUCUUUCUUGUUGUCACCGGCUUUCUUUUGUCAGGAUUUGUUGCUGUGGGGGCUCUCUUUGGUGCUUCCGUGGGGCCGCUAAUUGUCUUUUCUUUUUAUGUUGCUUGCUGUUUUGGUCGUAAGAUCCAUGAUGUCAAGACCAACAAAGUGAAGAAGACAGCCUGA